AUGCAGCAGUCUAUACACCUGCCCUCCACCUCCAUCGCCCCCACCACAGUCACCCUCAGGAAGCGACGCCGGCCCUACUCCAAGUUCCAGAUCGCUGAGCUAGAGCGUGAGUACUCUAGCUCGACCUACAUCUCCAAGUCCAGGCGCUGGGAGCUGUCCCAGCUCAUCAACCUCUCGGAGAGGCAGAUCAAAAUUUGGUUCCAGAACCGCCGGAUCAAAGCCAAAAAACUGCAAAAACGGGAGGAUUUAGGCCUGCCGCCUAGCAACCCUGGUAUGGGCACGCCCCAGCCGUCACAUCUCCUCCAAUCAGCGAUCUCGGUUUAACCAACUGGGCGGGGACUGUAGUCAUUUUUUUUGUUUUUGUUCAGACUUAUAAACUACCAAGACAAUGGGCAUUGGAUUAUGUCAAUAUUCAACGCUAUCAUCCACGGUGUUUUAAUUUAUGCAAUCCAUGUCACGUGAUCUGUGUUAUCCAUGACGUCAGAGGUCAAAGAUUUGAAACUGAAAGAAAGAAGCUGAUUGGCUGAUGUUUGUUACGUGCCGAAACGUGGAAUAACCUGUCUCCUAGACGGCAAGACAUGGAUUUUAAAAAAAAUAUAAUUAAUAUUGUAAGAUUGCUUCUUUAGUAGAUUAGAAUUGUGUAUUUGGUACUUUGUUAGUACUGUAUCAAGUACAAUGUAAGUACUCUCAGUGUCGGAUGGAUGAACUAUCAUUAAAAAUGUUUUUUGUUUGCAUUAUUUAAUAAAUGCUAGUGCUUUUGUAUUCAAAACUUCAAUGCCAAAUGUUUUAAAUUUCAAAGAAGUUCCUACCUAUUACAUGUAUGAAUGCAUCAAUACUUUUGUAAUGGGUGUGUGCUGAUUAAAACAGGAUCCGGGAACUUUACUUAACUAAAGCCUAAAUCUACGGCAGCCAUAACAUUGCUGUCAAUCUACAGCUGUCUAUCCAAGUCGGUCAAACCAACCCUGUCGAUAGCUGGGAACCAACGGCUGUCAACCCGUAGCUGUCGUCGACCCAGGAAUGUCAACCCAUAUCUGACAACCCAAUAUUGUUAACAGCUGGACGUCAACCCGUAGCUAAAAAAAACUAUAGCAGUCAACCCACGGCAGUCAACCCACGGCAAUCAACCCACGGCUGUUAACCCAGAGCUGACAACCCACUAUAGUUGACACCAUGACGUCAAACCGGAGCUAAAAACAUCCUUUAGCUCUCAACCCAUGGCUGUCAACCCAUAGCUGUCAGCCCAUAGCUGUCAACCCACUAUUGUUAACGCUAGCACGGCAACCCGUAGCUAAAAAAAAAAAACAAUAGCUCUCAACCCACGGCUGUCAACCCAAUGUUGUCAAGCCACAGCGGUAAACCCAUAGCUGACAACCCACUAUUGUUAACAGAACGUCAACCAUUAACUAAAAAAUCCACAGCUGUCUACCCACAGCUAACAACCGUAAGCUGACAACCCACAGCAGUAAACCAAUAGCUGCCAACCCGCAUGCAGUGAACCAACAGCUAACAACCCACUGCUGCCAACCCAUAGCUGUCAACCCACAACAGUCAAUAAAUUGCUGUAAAGUACCUAUAAAUAAAUGUUGCUUUGUGUUUGAUAAGACAGUCCUAAGUCUGUAUACGUAGCGCUAUAGAUGUGUAGAUGUGUAGCAUCUGACUGUAUGUGUAGCAUCUGACUAGAUGUGUAGAUGUGUAGCAUCUGACUGUAUGUGUAGCAUCUGACUAGAUGUGUAGCAUCUGACUAGAUGUGUAGCAUCUGACUAGAUGUGUAGAUGUGUAGCAUCUGAUUAGAUGUGUAGCAUCUGACUAGAUGUGUAGCAUCUGACCAGAUGUGUAGCAUCUGACUAGAUGUGUAGAUGUGUAGCAUCUGAUUAGAUGUGUAGCAUCUGACUAGAUGUGUAGAUGUGUAGCAUCUGGCUGGAUGUGUUGCAUCUGACUAGA